AUGGCCCAAACCCACAGCAUCCUUGUACUCCCCGGUGAUGGCAUUGGCCCCGAGGUCAUGGCUGAGGCCAUCAAGGUGCUCAAGGCUUUUGAGACUCCGCAGCACAAGUUUGUUCUACGCCAGGAGUUAAUUGGAGGCUGCAGUAUUGAUGCAACGGGAGAGUCGGUCACGGAAGAAGUCAAGCAGGCGGCUUUGAGCUCAGACGCCGUCCUGUUUGCAGCAGUUGGAGGACCCAAAUGGGACAACGCUCGGCGUGGUUUGGAUGGGCCUGAAGGUGGGCUACUGCAAUUGCGAAAGGCAAUGGAUAUUUAUGCCAAUCUUCGUCCAUGCUCUGCUAGCUCCCCUAGCACCUCCAUCGCAAAGGAGUUUAGUCCAUUCCGACACGAAAUUAUCGAAGGUGUUGACUUUGUUGUGGUGAGGGAGAAUUGCGGAGGAGCUUACUUUGGACGGAAAGUGGAAGAUGAAACAUACGCAAUGGAUGAAUGGGGCUACUCAGAGGCCGAAAUUCAACGUGUGACCCGUCUAGCUGCCGAAGUUGCCCUACGACACGAUCCCCCGUGGCCCGUCAUCUCCCUGGACAAGGCGAAUGUGUUGGCCUCAUCACGUCUCUGGCGCCGUGUAGUAGAAAAGAUCAUGACCACAGAAUAUCCACAGCUGAAGCUGGUUCACCAGCUUGCCGACUCGGCAUCGCUGAUCAUGGCGACCAACCCACGGUCAUUGAAUGGGGUUAUUCUGGCAGACAAUACCUUCGGCGAUAUGCUCUCUGACCAGGCAGGUUCAAUUGUUGGUACCCUGGGUGUCCUGCCAAGUGCCAGCUUGAAUGGUCUUCCUGGUGAUAAAAAGCUUCAGACACGACCAUACGGUCUAUAUGAGCCCACUCAUGGCUCAGCCCCAACGAUUGCCGGUCGGAAUAUUGCCAAUCCUGUAGCCAUGGUCCUCUGUGUCGCCUUGAUGUUCCGUUACUCGCUGAACAUGGAGACUGAAGCUAGGCGCGUAGAGUCUGCAGUGCGCAAGGUCCUUGACUCAGGCCUUCGAACCCCAGAUCUAGGAGGUAAGAUGGGUACGAAGGAGGUUGGAGAUGCGAUCGUAGCAGCAUUGUGA